AUGAAGGGGAUCUGCCUCGGGGCGAAACAGGCCAGCUUGAAUUCGAAACACGCCAGAGGCGGCGCCCGAUCGCCACCGAGCGUCAAAACAGCUUCUCCGAGCCACGUUUUAGAGAAGCGUCCGAUCAACAAACGGGGCUUAGGGGUGGGGGAAACUUCGACUAGACUCCGGCGCUGCAAGCGAACCGACCCACCUGCUGCGUGGGCAGCGCGCUCGGGGCUCCACGCCUCCGGGACCCGCGGGCGCUCGCCGUCCCCAACUGGUGCCCGCCUUGGCGAACCUCUCCGGACCGGUCGCUUCCCUUCGGCCCCCGGAGGCUGCCCCUUCCCGUUCCCCGGGCCCGCUCUUUCGGAGCCAGCUGCGCCUCCCCCGUCCGCCCACCCGGGUUGGAACGGCGAGACCGCUGAGACGUGCAGGGCUUCGACGGCUACGGAUCGCCUCCACCACGCGGGGGCGCCCGCGGCGAGGGCGAACAUGAACUUGUGGCUCUUUCUGUCUCUCUGCGGGGCCCUGCUUCCACCUUUGGCUGCAGAAUCAAGUAGUGAUGCAACGCACGACCCCUUCAAUUAUGAUUAUAAAUCCCUGAGAAUUGGAGGGCUGAUUUUUGCCGUUGUCUUGUUCCUGCUUGGCAUUCUCAUCAUACUCAGUCGACGCUGCCGUUGCAAAUUCAACCAGCAACAGAGGACGGGAGAACCUGAUGAGGAGGAAGGGACCCUGCGCAACUCAAUCCGGCGCUUGUCCACCAGGAUGAGGUAGAAGAACAUCAGAACUGGCUGCCUCCGAGAUGCUGCUGUCUGCUGGAUCCACACAGUGCUGCUCUCCUUGCACCACAGUCCUAGCUCUAGAUCCCCCACCCAGCCAAAGACCCAGCUGGCCAAGUGGAUCCCGGGCCAGAUGCCUUCGGGGCCCCUCCAAGCCCCAGCUAACUCUCAGAACCUCUCCUUAACCUUCCUGCUUGGCCUCUGCUGCUGCUCUCUUGUCUCAUAGAGAUGAGGUUGAUAGCGAAGCUUUGAUCUAGCGCUAGGCAAUGGGGAAAGUGCUGUCAGCAGGCACUUCUCGCACACGCUUCUUCCCUAGACUGUAAUCAAGAGCCUUCCUAAGGAAGUGGGGAUCCUGUCAGGGGAUAGUGCUGAUUCGUGUGCGUAAAAGUGCUGUUAAGUGGCAGCUGACAGAUGGCAACCCUGGACUUCUUUGGUGGUCUCCAGGGGUGGAAUUCUAGCAGGAGUUCCUUUGCAUAUUAGACCACACACCCCUGGUGUAGCCAAUCCUCCAAGAGCUUACAAAAAAGAGCCUUGUAAGCUCUUGGAAGAUUGGCUGCAUCAGGAGGUGCGGCCUAAUAUGCAAAGGAACUCCUGCUAGAAUUCCACCCUGGUGGUCUCCCAUUCAUGAACUAACCAGGGCUGGCCCUACUUAGCUUCCCAUAUCAAAACAGACCAGUCUAGCCUGGGCCAUUGAAGUCAGAGUGCAGUGCUGAGAGCUUGGUCUCAUCCCAGGCAAUGAAAGUGGCAGGAGGAGGGCAGAGACUUGGAGCCCUGGGGUUUGCAUGGGAUGUGAUAGAGGCAGAGAUGGCCAUAGGGUGUAUGCUCAUUUGUGCAUGAGCCUUUGUAGCAAUGAGAUGAAAUAAAAUAGGGGCAGUGGUGCCUCUUUUAUGCCACCUUCCAGCCCCUGAAAAACUGCAUUCUCCCUCUCGCUUUAGCUCCACGGUAUCUUGAUCUGUGACAUUCAGUGGCUCAGGAGCAACACUCCCUCUAAGCUGUGGAGUCUUGGGAGCAAAAAAUUAUACUUUGUGAGCUACUGGCAUUAAAGCUGUGAGCAACUGCAUAAAUUAGUCGGCUUUCAGGCCAUUUUCCCUGAGCUAAGACAAAAAUGUGUGAGCUGAAAGCUAAAACACUGUGAGCUAGCUCCCACUAACUCAGAUUAGAGGGAACACUGGGUCCCCCCUGGAGCAAAUGGCUGCUUUGGAGGGUGGACUCCAUGGCAUUAUACUCCCCCCUACCUUUCCCAAAACCCUGACCUCCCCCGGGGCCCAACUCCUCCAAUUCUCCAGGAAUCCCCAGCCUGGAGUUGGCAACCCCACUCACAACACAGGGCUCGUUCUCUGUUUCCCUUGCACAGUCUCAGGCUGCGGCUGAGCUCUCAGUGCAGGGGAAGUGUAGGUGUGCGGGUCUGUGUAGGAAGGCCAGGUGGGAAUUCGACUCCUGGGUGCAGUGAAGGACAGGCGUCUGGGCUGAAUGGAUUGGGAGCCCCAUCUCUGGGAGCGCAGUUUGGACCUCCCGCCACCCUCCAAUUGAGGUGCUUCAUUAUGAUCUAGACCCAGGGCUUGUUGCAAGGUCCAAAUGGCUUAAGCUGCUCUGCGAUUCCCACCCCCGCUCCCCACCUCGCCUGCCUGAACCAGAAACGGAGGCUGGUUAUACUUUUUGAGUUAUAGAAUAUACUUUGUGAGCUACUGGCAUUAAAGCUGUGAGCGACUGCAUAACUUAGUCGGCUUUCAGGCCACUUUUCCUGAGCUAAGACAAAAACGCCACCUGUGGCUCUUCUGAGCACCGCUUUCCAAUGUAGAACCUGCUCCGUGCCUCAGGCCCUUGCCUGAUGGAGCUCGUGGUUGGCAGGCGGUUCCUGCCUUGAAACAGCCACUUCUGGUGGAAUGGGUAGACCACAAGCUUCACAGGCCUCGUGCCAGGAAUGCAAAUAAACGUGGCUCUUCUUUGUUGAGUUGAUGCAAAUGUGGCUCUCUGUGAACUGCUGGUCUAGACUGAUGUACAGCAGGGGUGGCCAACGGUAGCUCUCCAGAUGUUUUUGCCUACAACUCCCAUCAGCCCCAGCCAUUGGCCAUGCUGGCUGGGGCUGAUGGGCGUUGUAGGCAAAAAACAUCUGGAGAGCUACCGUUGCCCACCCCUGACGUAAAAUAUCGUGUGGCCAAACAGUGGCUCGGGAGACACAUGUGACUCUUUCACACAUAUUGUGUGGUUUUCAAAGCCUCCACUGCCCCGUCGGCCAGCUUGGAGAAGGCAUUUGUCUCUUUCAGUCACUUAAAUCACUUGCCAAGCCAAGCCAGCAUUUAAAGUUAAAGUUGCUUUCUUUCUACCUCUCCCCUCCCUCCCUUCCGGGUCUUGCAGCUCUCAAAUAUCUGAGGUUUAUUCUAUGUGGCUCUUCUGUUAAGCAAGUUUGGCCACCCCUGUACAAUAGCAUUCUCUGGCACACAGCCAUCCACUUUCUCUCCAGCAGAGGACGAUAGUGACGUGCACUAGCUAAGUGUCAUUUUCUCAUGGUUCAGAGGUUCUCAUGGUUCAUCUCUCAAGAUUCUGAGGCUCCCUUAAGGCAGAAGGCAGCACUUGCUGCUUAAAGUGGGUCCCUACAGAAAAACCUUCCCAUCCAGCCUCAUUCUCAUGGCUUUGCUGACCCUGUUGUGUGUUUCUUCGGAUCCCUGUGAGCCUAGCAAGUGCCUCUUAUUAUGACAAUAAAAAUGCUACUUUCGUCAA